AUGCCGGCCGAGGAAGACCCCGCGGCGAUGGAGUGUCGGGAGCCAAGCGAUUCCCCGCAGCAGUUCUGCCUGCGGUGGAAUAACUACCAAAGCAACUUGACCAGCAGCUUUGACCAACUUUUGCAAACUCAAUCUUUCGUGGAUGUGACUCUAUCUUGCGAUGGACAAAGUUUGAAAGCACAUAAAGUGGUUCUGUCGGCAUGCAGCCCAUACUUCCAGUCGUUGUUUAUGGACAACCCUUGCCAGCACCCGAUAAUAAUAAUGCGUGACACCAAAUACUGCGACUUGAAAGCUGCUGUGGAUUUCAUGUAUCGGGGCGAGAUCAACGUGUCCCAGGAACAGAUCCCGGCACUACUGAAGGUGGCUGAGUCGCUGAAGAUCCGCGGGCUGACAGAUGUGAGCGGCGAGCACGCAGUAGUGCAGCCGGGCGGGCGCAGCGCCAAGAGGCCGGACCGGAGCCGAGAGGCGGACUCACCGCCCAAGUCGCGGCGCCGCAUGUCUGAGGACCGUGCCAGCGGCGGCUCCAGCCGAGCGCACCAGCCGACCCCCAGCCCUACGCCGGCCUCCGACCUGCUGCCGCCGGCUGAGCCCGUCAUCGCGACCCCCGUCAUGCCGCCGAUGCACCCCGAAGACGUCGACAUCCGGCCCGGCAUCGCCGAGAUGAUCCGCGAGGAAGAGAGGGUAAGUCCGCCUGUCCCCAGCUGUCGCCGCGGCCCGCGCGCUAACUUACUUCAAAACUUUUCCCGCCGACCGGGAGGGCAGCCCCGCGCGCCCUCGCACCCCCGCUCGCAAAACUUUCCAUACAGUAGCGCAUUACGUAAUUAA